UAGUCGGGUUCACUACUGCUGAGCUACAACAGGAACUCCCUGAAGAGUAAAAUUUAAAGUGCACAAUCUGGGGGAUAUAGUUGGAUUCUGAUCAUUUCAAAAGCCCUCUUUCCACUGGCUCCCAACCUUGACAUCCUCAUAUUCUGAAUAAUUGACCCUUGGAAAUUGCUUUAGUCACUGACCAUGAGGACUGUCCCAUCACUGGCCUCUACAGAUUAUUCUUGACUGACAUCGUCCCCCCCACCCCCAAGACCUAUCAAUCCUAGACUUCAGGGGGACUUUCAUCUCCUGGCCUUCCAUUUCAUGGAUUCUUCAAACCUUCCCGUCCAUGGACCAACAGCCAGCUACACCAAGUGGUCACUGUAACAGGAUUUCAAUCUUCAGGACGGCAGCUGGUUGCUUCUUGGUUCUGCAGUCUUCUCGUUGGGGAGCUGGAGCGUUCUCCAGCCAGAAGCAUUCCCAUGGCAUGUCUCUUGACCACUCUGCUAAGCAUAAAAGUUCUCAGCCUUGUGGACACACACCUCCUUCAAGACUGCCAAAGUGUGACGAGCCUCAGCGGACACAGCCGUCUUAAGUCUCCGGCGGCAUAACUGAGGGGGAAGAGGACCACCUGCAUUGCGAGAGUUGGCACGUGCACCACACUAUUGAUGGCACCUGGGGAGAUGGAAGCUUCAGCGCUGAGGCGUCCGCGUCCAGCAGAAGGGACUACCUUCUCUGCAAGGCACAUCUUUGAGAAAAGGUCGCCCCACAGGCGCCGCCAUAUUGCCCCGUAGAGCGGCCCUAAUGCCCAGAAUCCGGGUCACGGGAGGGUUGUCACGUGACCGGCAGCCUUCCGUGGCUCAGAGGUCUUUCUGAGUCUGCGCAGAAGCGCCGCAUUGUUGCCAGGCGACUUGCUUCAGAAAGGAGCGUGUGGAAGCCGGUCCUUGUUGCAACCCUGCUGUGAGAAGACCAGGAUCCCCCAGCUCAGAAGACAACCAUCAGCCCUUGAGACCUGAGCGCAUGGCUGCCGGUGACUUGGCAAUAAGAACCAUCUUCUUAUUACAGACUCUGUUUGGCAUCCUGGGGAAUUUCUCUCUGCUUUACCAUAAUCUCUUCCUUUGUUGCACUGGGUAUAGGCUGAAGACCAUAGAUUUGAUUGUUAGGAACCUGAUUGUGGCCAACAUCUUGGUUCUGUUCUCCAGCGGAGUCCACAACACAAUGACCAGUUAUGGGUGGCGUCAGCUCCGCAGUGAUUUUGCAUGCAGAUUUUUCCCCUAUGUUCAAGGAGUGGGCAGGGGAGCGUCCAUUGGCAUCACGUGCCUCUUGAGUGUCUUCCAGGCCAUCACCAUCAGUCCCAGGACCUCUAGGUGGGCAGAGCUGAAAGUGAAAGCAGUCCAGUUGGUUUUCCCUUCCAUUGUCCUGAGCUGGGUCGUGAACAUGCUGGUCAGUAUCAUCUACUCCAUGUAUAUGACUGGAGACUUGAGCAACGAAAACACCACAGACAGGAAAAGCUUUGGACACUGUCUUUCUGUUCGUCAUGACCAAACUGCAGACUCAUUGUACGCAGCGUUGCUCUCCUUCCCUGACGUCGUAUGUUUUGUGCUCAUGAUCUUGGCCAGCGGCUCCAUGGUUUUCAUCUUGUUCAGACAUAAGCAGAGGGUCCAAAACAUUCAUAGGCUCAAUGUCUCCUCCAUAUCGUCCCCUGAGUCCAAAGCCACCAAAACUGUCCUCCUUGUGGUGAUCUCCUUUGUCUAUUUCAACACCCUUUCCUCCAUCUGUUAUGCUGUUUUGUCUCUUUUGAACAAUCCUAGUUUGUUCAUCAUGAACAUCUCGGCAAUAAUCACAUCAUGUUUCCCAGCUCUCAGCCCCUUUCUGCUCAUGAGUCGUGACUCGAGAAUAUCCAGGCUCUGCUUUGCUGGGAGAAGGCAUGCAGACUCCCCUCCCCUUACAAGAAAGAUGUAAAUGGUAUGAGUGUCAGCUGAUUCAUUUGGUGAUUGGCUCACUUCCCCCGGAGUCCUGAGUACCAUUGUGAGUGACUUAGCAGAGGAUGGAGAAUAAGACGUGGUGGGCCUCUUCUUCGGAGUAAAGAUGCUAUCAUCCCAAUUGCAAUGAAGUGUUCUAUGAUGACCGUGUAAACAGUUGGGCAAUGGAAGUUGUCUUUGUGCUUUCAAAGAAUUUCAGAAUUUUAAAAAGUUUUGUAAUUGAAAUCUUAAAAUUGAAGUAUAGUUCAUUUACAUGUAUCAGGUUCCAGUGUACAGGAAGUAAUUCAGUUAUACACAUAUAGAUAAAUAUUCUGUUUUUUUAUUGGCUGAACCCUGGCCAUGUGGAAAUUUUCUGAGCCAGAGAUUGAAUUGAGCCAUAGCUGCAACCUGUACCUCGGCUGUUUCAACACCAGAACCUUUAAUCCACUGGGCUCAGCUGGAGAGGGAACCUGCUCUUCUGCAUCCCAAGCUGCUGCAGUCGGAAUCUUAACCCACUGUGCUGCAGCGCAA